AUGCCUACCAGAGUCGCUGAAACACCACUUGACUGCUCUACUGAUCUUUUUUUCAAAUUGUUCAAGGAGAAAGCAUUUCGCUUAACUGAUGUCUGCGGUGCUAUUGUGCAGAAAAUAGAACUUGUUGAUGGUACCAGCAGCUGGGUUGAUGUUGUUGGUACCCGCAAGCGGAUUUACUUCACGCCUUCUCCUGCAAGGAAUCACCUGUACUUGGAGAACAUCAUGUACGAAGUUCAAGCCGUAGAUAACUCCAACAACAAAAUCGUCUACAAAGUGCUGCAAGGAGCGAUGCUGCAUCUGUACAAGAACGUCGUGGUCACUUUUGAGGUUACUGCUGCCAGUACCGCAAAGUGGACUAUCCAAUAUGAGAAACUAGAUCCAUCCAACAAAGACCCUGAUGUUUACACCGGACUUUUGGGUACUGUCAACAACAAUGUUAAUACUUACAUUCGUUACGGUGGCGAAGUGUAG